AUGGAACUCAACCGAGAACAUUUUCGCGCCAUGAUUUAUUACAACUUUCAGAGACAAUUAUCGCAACAAGAAUGCCUUGCUGAGUUACUGUCUGUUUUCGGCAACGAAGCGCCACAUCAGUCGACAAUUUCCCGUUGGUAUGGAGAAUUGAAACGUCUUAGUGACGAUCCCAGGGUGGGUGCUCCAAAAAUGGCAGUCACCCAGGAAAACGUCGAUGCUGUGCGCACACUCAUCAUUGACGAUAGACAUGUGACAUAUCGCGAGACUGAGGCGCCCCUGAAGAUCUCAAAGACCUCAAUUCAAAAAAUUUUACAUGAAGAAUUAGGAGUAAGAAAAUUAGUUUCUCGUUGGAUAUCCCACCUGUUGGCUCAAGAGCAGAAAGCAGCUAGGGUUAAUUGGUCUCAAAAAACGCUUGACCUUUUCAAUUCCGGUAACUCAAAAAAUGUGUACAGCAUUGCUAUGGGUGAUGAAUCGUGGAUUUACUGUUAUGAACCAGAAAAUAAACGACAGUCGGCUGUUUGGGUGUUCCAAGGUGAAGAAAAGUGUUUAGAAAAACAUGCGGGUCAUAUUGCAACAAUUUUUCUUAAUGAGCAAAGAACUGUUACUUCGGGUUGGUAUACCACCAUUUGUUUGCCAAAAGUCAUCACCGAGCUUCGAAAAAUCAACCCCGAAAGAAGAAUCAUCCUCCACCAAGACAAUGCAAUCGCGCACACAGCCCAAAAAACAAGGCAGUAUUUAACGGAAGAAAACGUGAAAUUAUUGGAUCAUCCUCCAUAUAGUCCCGAUCUAAGUCUUAACGAUUUCUUUACUUUCCCGAAAAUUAAAAACAUACUGCGUGGUCGAAGGUUCCAGUCACCAGAAGAAGCAGUUGACGCACUCGAAAAUGCCGUUUUGGAUCUGCCAGCAAACGAGUUUAAUAAGUGCUUCGAAAAUUGGUUCGAGCGCAUGCAGAUGUGUAUUAAUAUUCGUGGAGAAUACUUCGAAAAACAAUAAAGUCAUUUAAAAC